UAUAUUCACCAUUUGCACCUUCUCUCCUCCUUGUGGAGCAAGUACUUGAAUCAGAGCCAGCAGCUAGAGUCAGAGAUGGAGAACAGUGAAAUUACGUCUUCAGGAGAAAAUCCCAGGCCAUGGCAAUCUUAUCACACUGUUUACACUAACGCUAAAGCAGGUAUGGAGGGAGUGGACAAAGAGAAAGUUCAGAGAAUUGUGUAUGAGAUGAGCAAAGGAUCAAAGUAUUUUGAGAAUGAGGAAAGGAAGGAGGCCUAUAUGAGGCAGAAAAUUGAGACCAUGCGUGCCCAGUGUGCUAAGCUCAAAGCAGCUGAUGUAUCUCAUUACCAGAUGGUGGCUGAUAAAAGAAUUUUAGAACUAGAAUCCACACGUGAUCUUUCAAGGAUUUGGCUACAUGUGGAUAUGGAUGCUUUCUAUGCAGCUGUUGAAACAUUAAGCGACCCUUCGUUAACUGGCAAGCCAAUGGCUGUUGGAAGUAUGUCCAUGAUCUCCACUGCCAAUUAUGAGGCAAGGAAAUUUGGGGUUCGUGCUGCAAUGCCUGGAUUCAUUGCACGUAAAUUAUGUCCAGAUUUAAUUUUUGUUCCCACAGACUUCAACAAAUACACUCAUUACAGUGAUUUAACUAGAAAAGUUUUCCAGAGAUAUGAUCCGCAUUUCAUGGCUGCUAGUUUGGAUGAGGCGUAUCUUGAUAUAACUAGUGUGUGCAAAGAAAGGGGCGUUACUGGUGGAGAAGUUGCUGAAGAACUCAGAACCAGAGUCUAUGAGGAGACUGGUCUAACAUGUAGUGCUGGAGUGGCUCCAAAUCGUUUACUUGCAAAGGUUUGCUCAGAUAUAAAUAAGCCCAAUGGACAGUUUGUUUUACCGAAUGAUCGGAUGGCUGUCAUGACAUUUAUAUCAUCACUUCCUAUAAGGAAGAUUGGAGGCAUUGGUAAGGUCACUGAACAUAUUUUGAGGGAUGUUUUAGGAAUUAAUACAUGUGAGGAGAUACUGCAGAAGGGUGGAUUCCUCUGCGCACUAUUUUCUCACUCUACAGCAGAUUUUUUUCUUUCUGCGGGACUGGGGCUUGGGAGGACAGAUACCCCUCAAGUCAAGUUUCGUAAAAGUAUUAGUAGUGAGAGAACAUUUUCUGCCACAAAUGAUGAAGCACUUCUCUAUCAGAAACUAGCUGAUAUAGCAGAUAUGCUAUGUACGGACAUGCAAAAAGAAGGUCUUCGUGGUCGGACACUGACUCUCAAAUUGAAAACUGCAUCUUUUGAGGUUCGAAGCAGAGCUGUUACCUUGCAAAAAUAUAUUUGUUCAAGUGAAGAAAUAUUGAAAUAUGCUUCAAAGCUGCUAAAGGCUGAACUUCCUAUUUCUUUAAGACUAAUAGGAUUGCGGGUUUCUCAUUUCAAUGAAGACAAGGCAGGUGCUCCAUCUGAUCCAACACAAAGAACUCUUACCAACUUUGUUCUAUCAGGAGAUGCAUCUCGGAAAACUAUGGGUGGUCGAAGCUCCUUGGGUUCAUAUUGUGGCGAUGAACCCUUCAUGGAUGACUUGGAAACUUCUUUCUCUACCGAUAGCCAUGACAUUAAUCAUUAUGAAACUAGAGAUCCAUGGGACAGCACUAAUAAACAGGAUCUGGCAGAUCACCAUUGCACAUUCAGUAAUAACAUUGAAGCAGAGGAAGCUCAUGAAUCUUUAAGCAAUGACAUUGCAGAGAAUGUUAAUAAUGCAGAUACAGUAGAGUGUAACUUCAACUCUUGUCACACUGUAGUGUUCGAAUCGAAGGAUGCUGAAACUUCUUUGCCUCAGAAGCUUUAUGUGAGCAACACAAACUUAGUAAAGAAAGAGGUCAUCACGGGCAAUGAGGCAGUCUUCUCACCUGAUUGGCAAUAUCAUUGUUUUAAGGAAGAUGACUGCAAAUGUUCAUUAUGUGGGAUUGAAAUGCCACCAGAUUUUGUCGAGGAAAGACGAGAACACUCUGAUUUUCAUCUUGCUGAGAGGCUUCAGGAAAAUGAAUCUAGCGUCAACUCAAGAACUUCUAUUCAGAGGCAAAGGUUUGCCCAGAAGGCUUGUACGUCCGGCCGAAGCACACGUAAAAAGCACAAGCCAUCUCCGAAGGAAGGCAGUUAUCCAUCCAUUGAUAUGUUCUUUGUCAAGAGCAAUCAGAAUUUCUAGCUUUUUUUUUUUUUUGUUUGGUGAGUUCUGUAUAUCUAUCUGUUGUAUGUAGCAUAGCGAUAUCAUAUUUGUUCAUUAACUGCAGUGCCAUGUAAUUAUAAAUUUAUAGUUCAUCAAAUUCAUAAUAAUAUAUUAUAAAAAUCAUUUUUAAUUA